AUGCCGCGAUACAGUGGCACUAGCGGUUUAUAUUGUGGUGAUGAAGACGAGGUUACAAAUUACUGCCAGGAAGUCGAAUUCAGAAUAGCCCCGCUCGAACGGCGGUUGAGAAUCAAGUUGAAGCUUAAAGAGUUGCCGGACGGGCGAGCCGGAGUCGUCCUUGCUGUCCUCUUCGUCCAGCAGCCUCCUCCGCCCGAUUUCAAAGCCACCAUGUCCUACGUCAUCCUUGGCAGAGCCAUCAAAAACGAAUACCUCGCCCUUGGCACCAUCGCGACCGCGGUCGGCAUUGGCUUGCUGUCGACAGGUGGUAAGAAGGAGGCGGCUCCCCCGAGCACAGGAAAGUCGCCCAUCGAGGCCGUGAAGGAGACUGUGAAGUUCAACGCGGGCUCGAGCGAGGAGGAGCAGUUCAUCAAGAAGUUCGUCGAGGACGCGGAGAAAGAGGCACAUCACUAG